UCCAGCUCGAAUUUCGAGGUGGCCCAGUUACAGCCCUAAACUCCAGAGAGUUCCAUGCCCAAAGAUUUUCUGGGCUCAACCAGGUUUCUCUCCCUCUACUGUUGGUAAAAUAUUUUUGCAAAACUCGGUCUGUCCUCUUCUCCAAGCAACUUGGAAAAAAUUGGAAGUUUGGAACCCUUCCACGUUGCUCGAGCUCCAUGAUCACAGCCCCACAACUUCACUACCGCUGAAAUCAAAGGUUCUCCCUUCCUCUGUUUCUCGUUUUUAACUUCGUCUUCAAAAUUGCUCCCCCUUUUUUUUUUUUUUUUUUGGUUGGUUAAAUAAGUUUAUAUUUAGGGCACAUACUUUUCAGCAUAAAAGCAGGGAUUUUUUUGCCCCUCUUUUUGGGUUUCAUUAGGUUUGAUUUGGUGCUUAAAUAACUGUUGUAUUUAAUAUUUCUGCGAGAAAUUUGUAUUAACAAUCAUGGGGCGUAUGAUUUGUAAGCUAAUUCAUUGUUUUUCUUUAUCUCAAAAUUUUAAUUUUUUUUUCUAAUUAUUUUUAAUGGAAUGCUUGUUAAUUUGUAGGUCCUUCGAUCUUUGAUUCAGUGAAGGUUGGGAAAUUAUUUUUGCGGGAGGAAAGAAGGGGAAAUUAGGAGGAGAUGGCAGACGAACUGAAGGACAGAAAUAUUACACCAUGGACGGAUACGGCCGAGCAAUCCUCCACAAGGAUCUCGGAAAUUGACAAUAGCGUUUCCUUGAUGUCGGAAUCGAUGGUGAUUUUGGAAGGGGUUGAACCGUCUCAUCCUCAGCAACAUGGAGCUGAGCCCCCUGUUGCGGGCUCUAACGGCCAACUUCGCUUCCCUGAAACCGUUUUUGCUGCUGCCGGAUCAGCAUUUUUAUCCGCCAUCAUUGUUAAUCCUCUUGAUGUUGUCAAGACAAGAUUGCAAGCACAGGCUGCUGGGAAUGCAUACUCACAUCCACUGAGUAACCUUACAAGUCGAAUGGCAGUUUUUGGACCAAACAUGAUGUUCGCUGAUUUGAGGUGUUCUCCUUCAUGUACGCGUGCUGGUGUCCAUGGCACAGUCGCCCUAUGUCCUCCUGAUUGCUUCCAGUAUAAGGGGACCCUAGAUGUGUUUUACAAAAUUGUUCGCCAGGAGGGAAUAGCAAGGCUGUGGAGAGGUACAAAUGCUGGAUUAGCAUUGGCUAUACCAACUGUUGGAAUCUAUCUUCCUUGCUAUGACAUUUUCCGCGAUCGAUUAGAAGAGUUCACUGCACAGAACACUCCUUACCUUACACCCUACGCACCUUUUGUGGCUGGUGCUCUGGCACGUUCAUUAGCUUGCAUAAGUUGUUACCCUAUAGAACUUGCAAGAACCCGCAUGCAGGCUUUCAAGGAUGCUAAGAAGGCUCCUGGUGUUUUCAGGACGUUAAUCGAGAUCGUAUCCAGUAUCAAGGUUACAACUAAUAGUCAAAGCUUGCAAAACUACCGUGUAUUAUGGACUGGCCUUAGUGCACAGCUUGCACGUGAUGUCCCUUACUCUGCAAUUUGUUGGUCGACUCUUGAGCCAGUUAGAAGGAGGCUGCGUGGUUUGGUUGGAAAUGAGGAGCAUGUUGCUAGUGUCCUCGCGGCAAAUUUCUCAGCUGGGUUUGUGGCAGGAAGUGUUGCUGCAGCUGCCACAUGUCCACUUGAUGUUGCAAAAACACGAAGGCAAAUUGAGAAGGAUCCUCUGAGGGCUCUGAGAAUGACCACUAGGCAAACACUCGUUGAAAUUUGGAGGGAUGGUGGGAUGAGAGGACUUUUUACAGGUGUAGGUCCUCGUGUUGCUCGAGCUGGUCCUUCAGUUGGGAUCGUGGUUUCGUUUUAUGAGGUAGUGAAGUAUGUGCUCCAUCGGCAUUAUGGAAAUAGAUUAGAUUAGGCGUACAUUAUCCUCUGAUAUCUUUGCGGCUAGAUGCGAUAGGCGGUAGGUGACUGAAUAACCCAGACGUAGAAGGAUGAGCAAUUUUGUUAAUGUUAUAUCAGCUGAUGGGCAAGUGCCAUUAGGAUGUCUGAUUCAUCCCUCUGAAAGAAAAUUUUGCAGUGGACAUUGAUAGUUUGAUACUGAGCUUACUCCGAGUCAUUACUUCAUCUGAGUCUUUCCAUGAGGAAUUUUUGGGAUGCUAGAUUAAAAGUUUUCAAUUCUAAAGUAGAAAAAACUGACCGUACUACUUUUUGGCAAUAUAAAUAGUUGGAGCAUAAAAUGCUGCCUCAUUACUACUUAUUGGGAAAUAUAUAAAUAUAGAUAAAAUGC